AUGAACCAAAAGAAGCAGCUAUCCAGAGGCCCGCGGAACUUAGACAUCGCAACCCUGAAGGAGGUGUUGCAACUGGUGGAAUAUCAUAUCCACGAAGGUGCAGUGCUCGUGUUCUGCGGUUUGCUCCGCUUUGACGAUCUAAGCCACAUGCUGGUGUAUACCGACCUGCUCCACAUCUACAGAGAUCACAUGGAGAUCUUUUUAUUCAAAAGCAAGACCGACCAGCACUGCAAGGGUGCCUUUGUGACCAUCGGCAGAAUCGGCGGGCCGUGCUGCCCGGUGCUUCUUUUGGAGCAGCUGCUGGAAGCAGGUCACUACCAGCGGACACCAUGCACGUCGGUGUGGCGCGAUGGGGUUGAAGCCGAUGCGGAGGAUGUCGGCCCAUUGCUGCACACUGUCAAAGUCCGGCGCAACUGCCUAGAGGAGGUCGUGGCGGCACUCCCGUCUACGGUCGAGGCUAUGCCUUAUUACAAGUUCCACGACACACUCUGGACGUUAUGCGUGGAGGCAGCCGAGCUGAAGUUCAGGACUAGCCUCGGGACACCCCAACUCAUCGAGGCCACAGCUGCUAAUGGUGCAGACGCUGAUGCAGAUUGCGGGGGAGGCGGCGCCUGCGGUUGUUGA